UCCCGUUAAGCUACGGCGUCAUCCCCCAGUCAAUUUCUACCCUUCAUUUAUUUUUUUCUCCCUUUUACCGUUCACUGCCACCCUCCCCCUCUUCUCGCUAGUGUUUUGUUUUACACGCCCGCCCCAGCGCGCGGUGUAUGUGCAGGAGGUUUAUGGUAAUUGCGGUCUCCCGACUGGCCUUCUGGGUAGAGUCUGCGCGAUUGAGAGAGCCGCUCGCCGUACAGCAAUCCACUCCGCUCCGCUUGCCCUGUUCGGCGUCUUCAGCAACUCGGCACGAAAGGAGCUACCAGGAACUUUCAGAGAAAAACUACGGAAAGAUAUACAUUCCCGACCUUUUUCCCAAUAUCGACGGAGAUAAAUAGUAUAUUUUCGGAAUAGACUGGGAUUGACGAGAUUGGAAGUAAGAGCUUUGAAACGGCAUGCUCUGAUAAAACCCAACAUGGCGCUGCGAGAUACGACCGAGCUGAAUGCAUUUCUGGAGUCCGCGGACCUUACCACCUGUAUCCUUGCGCACUGCUAAACUGUACGUUACCAGCCACUGGGACGUUCUGUAAAGGAUGAUUGGAAACCCUAUUUCUAGGGAUUUGUCACACUAAGUCGAUUUUGACGGAUUUUCUCUCGUCUGUAAACAUAUUGACAUUUCACUGUGAAAAAGUAUUGUGCGAGUGUAAAGGAAACACUAUAACAUAUGGUUUAAUUGACUGACAAGUAAAUAACCCGUUAGACACACUUCUGAAUAUUUAUAUCCAACGGUUUGAAUAUUCACUGGCCCGAGAUGUCUAUGAUUUUUAUAACGGAAUCGUAACCUCCACGCACGAAUAUUUGCUCAGAGCCGUGAACAACUUGGAAAAACUGGAAAAGGAAAGUUGGAAAUAGAGGAUAUUGACCAGAGCGCUGGUCGUUUGGAGGUGUUUUAAGAUGGACUGUCUCAUGAGGGGAUGACAUGCUCUCCGCUACACAGAUGUACGGAACGGUUCCCCCAUGGAUGAGUCACGAGAGGGCCCAAAUGUAUGGGAUGGUCAUGGAGGAGAGGAGAGUACCUGUUAGUGAUGCGGGGACCCAGAGAAACCUGGAUUUAAGAGAAGGCAACCACAUCACACAAAGCAUGGUGGAUGCCAGGCUAACGCCCCUUGCCGCCAUGGGGCUGGACCGCAAUGCCUUGAUGCGGGACGGCCUCCGCCUGCAUGGCAGUGUAGUCUACCCAGGGAUCCGAGCGCUGUCAGCCGAGAAGCCCCACGAGGGGUCCACCACCCUCCCCCUCGGCUACAACCGGGACGGCCUUCCAGACCUCCUCUACAAGCCUGACGUUUCCAUGGACCGGAGCAAGCCUACCAACGGCUACCUGGACCUGUACAAGAGCCCUCCACCAAGCCUCCAUAGGGGACCAGAAGGGCUGGACAGGAGAGGUGUGGGACCUGGGGGGGAGAAGCCCUCAGAGCUGGGUCUGGGGGUGCUGGUGGGAGCAGGCGGGUACCUGCGUCUGCCCUGGGGGCUGAGUCGGGGGCUGUACUCCGAGGCGGGCCUCUACCCCUAUAUGGACUCUUCCAAGUAUGCGGCCCUCAGCAUGUACAAGGCCCAGUUCCUCAACCAGCCCAGCCCCUACCUGCCCCAGCACCUGGCCUACCAGUCCCUCUGUGCCUCCCAGGGGGGGAACAUGAACCCUGCUGCUGCCUCUGCCGCCGAGAGGCUCUACUACAUGCCCCCCUAUCCCCCGUCCCCCAUCUCCUCCCCCCUGGUGGGGUCUCCCAUGAGGAUCCCAGCGGUGUCGGUGGCCCCCACCUCCAUUGUGCACUGCCAGGAGAAGGGAUUGAGUGUCGGGUCUCGUGUCCACCACGAGGGGUCUCCGUUUGGGCAGCAGCUUCACCAGCCACCCCCUCCGCCUCAGCACCUUCUCCCCACCCACACAGACAGAGACAGAGACAGAUCCCCCAGCAAAAGCAAUAAGCCCAGUAGACCCCCCUCCAACAAAGGAGUCAGUAACAGCAGUGGUAGUAGUAGUAGUAGUGGUGGUAGCAGUGGUGGGAGUAAUACUAAUAGUAGUAGCCUUCCUAUUGAUUCCUCCCCUCGCGCCUCUUCUCGCCUCCCCCAGCCUGCUCCUCCCCUGCCUCCCCCUCACAUAGACAGCACCAUAGACCUACAGAGGGCAGUCUCUAGAAUAGUACCAUUAUCUUCCUCCUCUUGUUCUUCUUCCUCUUCCCAGACGAUACCUCACUCGUUCUAUGUGAGCAGCAUGGCUCCAGAGCACCCAUCCCCUGCCCGGCCCAGCCCCCACAAAUCCAGACCCAGAGAUGGGGUGUCGGAUCACAGGGCUGGGGGAUGUGAGAAGAGACCCAGUCAGUGCCCUUCUAAACCAUCCUCUGAGCGGCCAGCCCAACUGAACCAGCCCCCGACUACCAAAGACCCAGCAGACCCAAAGCCCCUCGACCUCUCUGGAAGAUGGUUGGAGUUAGGGCUGUCUCCUAACAGCUUCCCUGUGAAGAUGGAGGCUCUGGGGUCCCCAGGGCCUCGGUACGGACCUCUCCCCAGCCGGGAGCUCCUGAAAGAGACCCUCUCUCUCUCACCCCCCUCCCUACCCUCCCACUCCCUCUCAGUGGUCAGCAGCACAUCCUCUAAAGCCCCAGAGAGGCCGGAGAUGAUCAGCACUUUGCACUCCUCCUGGGUGGUGCCCACCCUUACACCCACCUACACCAUUGGGUCCACCCAUGCACACCCCCACCCCCCAGCCCUGUCCCCAUCCCCCAGGCCCAGCCCAGACACCCAAGGGAAAGGCUCCUCUCCAUCUGUCAUCAAACACAAGGCUCUGGAGAGAGUCCUGCCCCAGCAACGCAGUCCAUCCUGCCCCAGGGUAGGAGAGACAAAUACUACCCCAAUACCUUCCAAUCUCAAUCCCCCUCCACAAUACCUUUGUCCCCCAAACCCAAUAAUGAUUGGCCCAAACACAGCCCCAGCCAAUCAGAAAGUUCCCCCAUGGCCGGCCAUCAUAGGAACUCCACAGAGAAACCCCCCAAAGCCACCAAGAGGGCUGAGACAUCCCGGGAGGUGUCUCCAUAUAAUAAGUGCGUGUCUAGAGAAUUCCAAUGGGCACCCACCCAGCCACCUCUACCUGCCCCAGAGCGAGGCCUACCUACCUCACAGCAUGGUGUACGCCAACAGAUACCUGCACUACUCUGUACCCGACGGCAUGGCCCUCCAUUCUCUCCCUCUGCCAGGGAAGAGCCCUGCCUACCCUCCCCCCAUCCUGCUUGGCAGUAACAGCCUUUACCCCUCCCACCUGGCAGCCAAACACCCCUUACCAUACCACAGCUACGCUGGGGAUUACCUCACGUACAACUCCCAGGAGAUGGCCCACCCUCUGAUGCACACACACACAGACUCUAAAGCCCUGGAGCGGGCAGAUCAGACGCCCAAGUCCCGUGGCCAGGGCCAGGACAAACCUAGGGGACUCAAAGAGGAUUUUGGUGGGUCCCACAGGGGCCGGAGUGAUGUAGAGACAGGGGAGGGGUCCCAUGUGAAGCGCAAUAAAGAUGCAGGGGAGUGGGGAGGGAGCCAGCCCAGACCCCUCUCCUCCUCCAGCACCAGUAUCCCUUCCAAAGAUAGAAUCGUCUGCAUUGACCUCGUACACUCCGACACAGAUGGAGAGUCCACGCCGGCCGCCAACAAGCCGCCACUCCCUGUCAUUGUUCCCAUCACCAGGGGCAACCAACACCAGUGUGGCCAUGGCGACCAAAGCAUGAGGGAAGUGGAGCGAGAGCCAGAACACCAACUGCAUCAUCAUCAUCAUCAUCUUCAUCACCACCCCAGCCCAAGCUCCACCCUGAGAACUACCCACACAGACAGACAACCAGAGACCCUCUGUAUGAGACCCAGGCUCCUCCAGGAGACAGGCUGUCCGGGUGUGGCCUCUAGCCCACCUCAGGGCUCCCCAGGACUGGUUACUCGAGCCGAGGAGAGCCGUGAGGGCCAGAGCCCUUCUUCAGACCCAAGGGACCAGGGGGAGCAGGGCAAAAGCACCCUGCGCUGUGCCCGCACAUCUGGGGACCGCAAGACAAGAGACCGGACUCUUGGCGAUUGUGACCGCACCGCAGUAGACCGUACAACUGGCGAUAGUGGCCGCAUGCCUGGCGACCGCACGUCUAGAGAGGAGAGAGAAGAGAUGGACAGACGAUCCUCCUCCCACCCCAUCCAUUGCUACAUGGACCUGGGGAAGGAAAGAGAAAGAGAAGGAGGGAGCGUUGAAGACACAGAGGAGUCACAUGGAGAGGGGGAUGAGGACGAAGAGGGUGGACGAAGAGGCUCACGGAGGACCAGUCUGACCAAGAGGAUCGCUAACUCUUCAGGCUACGUCGGCGACCGCAUCAAAUGUGUCACAACCGAGCUGUAUGCAGACUCUAGCAAGCUGAGUCGGGAACAGCGCGCCCUGCAGAUGGAAGUCAUAUCACGAGAGGAGAGUAAUAUAAGUCGCCCUGCAGCUAACUGGGAGCGGGCGAUGAUGCGGUUCUCGGAGCUGGAGCUGAAGGAGAAGGAGUGCGGGGGUGUGUGUGUGUCUGCGUCGGCAGCGGUAGCAGGACAGGAGUUGGCAGACCGCCAGCAGAGAGAAAGAGAGUGGGAACACUGCCAACACACCGCCAGGCAGGGAGAGAGGGAGGCUCAUCACCCACCAUCUCUCACCUCUCUUUCCCUCACUCUCUCAUCACACACCAUCUCUCACCUCUCUCCAUGGCUUCUCUCUCCUCCGCUUCCCUUCUCUCCUCUCUUUAUCUUCCUCCCUGGUCUAGGUGGAAGGCAGGACUAUGGGAACAACAGAGUCCCAGUCCUCCAGAGGUGUGGGGGCCAGAGAGAGAGCCUGUAUCCAGGGCAGGAGACCUGGGAGGGGGCUAGAGAUGGUGCCAGAGAGGGUGAGGGUUGGCGAUGUUCACCCCCAGUCCUGGCACUGGCAGACCGGCACCCCCAGGAGAAGGGUGGGCAGGGCAUGGUACCCAUUAGGAAACACACACACAGCCUACAGAAGAGAGAGGAGGAAGGAGAAAAGAGCUCAGAGAAGGCCAGAAUGACUUCAGAUGCGUGCGUGCUGUGGGGCAGUGAGCAACCUACGGCUCCUACUACUAAUGAGGAUGAUGAUGAUGAAGAGGUGAGGAAGCUGAAGGUGUGUAUCGAGCUGAAGGGGCUCCGCCUCCGCAAGCCCACCUCUUCCUCCCCCGAGAGGCCAGAGGUCAAAGAGGAGAGGACAUGGUCAUCACAUCAUGGCCCCUCCUUCCUGCCCCGGACCCGACCCACGACCCCAACCUGGAGCCCAGCCCAUGCCCCGCCCCCUCGGGACAGGAAGUUCAAGGUUGAUCCGGAAGUGAAACCUCUGUCACAGAAGCCAGAGAUUACAAAGAGCUGGGCCAGAGAGAUGCUGGCUAAUGGAGACGCUAAACGAGUUGGACUGCUCCCUUCAACCCAGCAGAGGGACAGAUCUGCCCCCCAGGGGCCCCUCGUGGGGCAAGGAUGUGACUGGGGAUCCAAGGAGCCUAGGAGAGGAGGGCUGGGGGUGAAGACUGAGGGUCAGUGCCUCCCCCCCUCAGCCCCUGAGCCCCCCACCAAAGACGCCGCCUCUCUCAAGCCCCGUCGUCAUAGCGACACGGACAAACCCAAGGGCAAGCGGCCGUGCAAGACAAAACACAUCAGCCAAAGAGAGAGGGAGCGGAGGAGAGAGCUGCUGAACGGCGGCAACAACCAGCAUGGAAGCACUGAUCUGGGAGCAGCUUUGGAGGACAAGGUCAGUGAGCAGUGUGCUCGGAGGAAGAGACCCUCUUCGCCCCUCCAUUACCUCGGUUCUCCGGUCAAGCCCUGUUCCCGCUCAACGCGGCCCCCUUCAGUACCCCCUCAGGUGAACGGCUCUGGGACUGUCCCACCGGAUGGAGCAGGGGUGAGGAGGGCCCCGCCUGCUGAGCCUCCCGUGGUGCGGCCCAUCCCCCCAGAGGCGCGGAGACUAAUUGUCAAUAAGAACGCUGGAGAGACGCUGUUACAGAGAGCAGCACGGCUCGGAUACGAGGAGGUGGUGCUGUACUGUGUGGAGAACCGUGUGUGUGAGGUGAACCACAGGGACUACGCAGGCUACUGUGCCCUCCACGAGGCCUGCGCCCGCGGCUGGAUCUCUAUAGUCAUACACCUGCUGGAGCACGGGGCCGACAUCAACUGCAGCGCACAGGAUGGCACCAGGCCUCUGCAUGACGCGGUAGAGAAUGACCAUCUGGACGUAGUGCGUGUGUUGCUGUCCUACGGGGCUGACCCUACUCUAGCCACCUACUCCGGCCGCGGUCUGCUCAAGAUGACCCACAGCGACAGCAUGGAGCGAUUCCUCACUGAUUAUUUUGCUGACCUGCAGGGCCGCUCUAAUGAUGACCCAGAAAUCUAUUGGGAAUUCUAUGGCAGCGCUGUGUGUGAGUCGUUAGAGGAGGGCAAUGUGUGUGACGUACUGGCGGACCCCCCAGGGCCGGAGGACAAGGACAGGAGGGAGCUCUUUGAGUUUGAGUUCUCCGACCAACCUCUCCUCCCCUGCUACAACAUCCAGGUGUCCCUGUCGCAGGGGCCCAGGAACUGGCUUCUCCUCUCAGAUGUUCUCCGGCGGCUGCGGAUGUCUGCCCGUUCCUUCCGCUCCUCCUUCCCCCACAUGGAGGUGGUAACGAUGGCCGAGGCAGAGUUUUACCGCCAGGCAUCUCUCUCCCAGCUCUUCUCCUGCCCAGACGAGCUGGAGGGCUUCCAGCCUGACAGCAAGGAGCUGCUGGACCUGGUGGAGGGGAGUGCUGAACUGGCCGCUCUGCUGGGUUCUAAUCUGGAGUGCCUCGACGACCGCUGGGACGAACCCCCGGAGGCUAACGCUAAUGUUGAUGAAAAGGCUAAUGUCAAUGGGAACAUUAGGGCUAUGGCUAAUGCUAACAGUAACGUUAACGCUAAGGUCAAUGGGAACAUUAGGGCUAUGGCUAAAGGUAACAUUAGCGCUAAGACUAAUGGUAGCACUCAUGUUAAAGCUAAGGCUAACGCUAACAGAAGGUCGUGACCUGAACUUUGACCCUGAAUUCUGAAUCCCUGCUCUACAGUGGGGGGUUAAAAUGGGUGAAUGAAUAAGACCACCGCCCUGAGAUCUGAGAUUGAACUCCUGCUCUGUACCUGUGUGCUGGACAGACAGAGCAGCAGAGACUGAAUAUGUAUGUCCAUCAAGCGAAGAUGGAGAGACGACUGUAACUUAACAAUGGUCUUAUUUUUUAUAAAUGUAUUAAUAUAUGUAUAAAUAUAUAAAUAUAUCUGGAAAUGUUUUCUCAAUUUCUAUCCUUCAAAGUGUGGUUGUGUUGUCAUGAAUGAAAGGUUGUGUACAGAGGCGUCAUGCCCAUGUCACAGAGGCACGUUCCCUCUCAGAUUUGUCCUGUUAUGAAAAAAUAAAUCCAAAUUGCAAUAUAUAUUUUUUUGUAUUAUUAUAUAUUUUUUAUGUAAUACUAGCCACUUGGUUGUUUUAUGAAGUUGGCUUUAGCUAGCCCAAAUAGGUUCCCAAUCUGCCAACCUUAUUACUCACUAACAAGAAGCCAUAGCUAGCUUGUCUAACUAUUUUAGCUAGCAUGCCUGCUGGCACCGUUGGUAGACUUUAGAAAAGCAAACAAUAACUAAAUGUACUGAAUAAGACUCACAUUCCUUUCAAUCUUUUAACUAGAUUCAAUCAGAGAUGCAGAGAAGCAUAUAUAGUUUCUUUAAAAAAAGACCCGCCAGUCAGGAGUAUAUGCUGAAAAAAAUAUACUUUUUUUGAAUCUUUAUUUUAAAAAAAGACUGUUUCAGGUGUUUGAAAAAUGGUUCAUUGUCCAACUUCAGGAUAGGGGGGCCUAGCCCACCUCCAAACCAACCCCCAACCAAUCCUCACUCACCUGGUGCCCCCUCAGAUAUUUGGGGUGCAUGACGCCCCUGUUUGUGUGUAUACAGUAUGUGUGUUAAACAGUACAUUAUGUGUGUGUGUCAGUUUAUACGGCAGUGUGUGUACAGUCUGAGCACUGAGGCUGCGCUUUUGAAUGUGACAUUUUGUGUUGAUAGGAAGCACACGUUGACGAUCUCUUCGAAUAGUUUUUUUGGUCUGCUCAGACAGACUUACCGCCCUCUUCACCCUCAGGGGCUGUUUUGAACCUGUGUUCAAUCUGCUUCUCAUUUAGUCUCUAAGUUCACUUGCUAAACUGCAGAGAGAUGUGUUUUUGUAUAAUAGGAACGUUUUAAAGAUGAUGAGAAGAUAUUUGGCAUCUUGUACAUAACAUGGUGGCGAUUGCAGUACAGUAUCAGUUUUACUGUUUGAUGGGUCUUUUUUGUUUUGUUUCAACUUUGCAAUUAAAAUAUCUCAUUUGUAUUUAUAUUUUACAAAAAAAUUGCUUUAAAAUAAAUCUUAAAAACUGCAAGAGAAAGUUA